AUGUCUCGAGGCGGUCGAGGAGGUGGCCGUGGUGGAAGAGGCGGCGGACGAGGUGGUAGACCAAAUGUGCCUUGGGAUACGGGUGAAGAACCGGAUGCGCGACCUUCAGAGCUAUUUCCUCCAUAUGUGGUUCCGACCGCUAGACAACUCGCGACAACCGAAAAAGCCGCCGUACAACACCUACUCCUCCUCCGGCGACAGAUCCACGGCUCUCCUCUAUACACCUCAAAGCGCACAGCUCUCAACGACCCGACAGCUCCAAGAAAACACUACGGACAAGCCCAGGCCAACGCCCGGUUCGGCGUCAGGAGCAAGGCCUCGCUCGACCCCUUCACCGCGGUCCCCACCUACUCGCACAAGUUUGUCCGCGAGGAGCGCGCCCUGCCAGACUGGUCCAACCGCCCCGUCUGCCGCGAGCUCUUCCCCAGCGAGUUGUACGACACCAUCGACGCCGCCGCCACCACGGGGGGACCGGGCGUCAAGGGCUUUAAGCGCCGGAAGCUUGAGCUCAGCAGCAUCAGCGCGUUGCCCAGCGCAGAGGAGGCGUUUGGUCUGGCUGGUGACGGUGAGGAUGAGAUGCAGGGCAAGAACUUGUUAGAGCGUCUACAGGCUCUUAAGGAGGAAGAAGGCGACGAGAUUGCCGAUCUUGAGGACGAAGAGGUCGCGGAUGAGGAUGAUCAAGAUGAGGUGUACGACGAUGAAGACGCAGGCGAUUACGACGCAGAAAACUACUUUGAUAACGGCGACGAGUUUGGAGACGACUAUGGAGACGACGGCGACGGAGAAGGGACGUUUUAA